AUGAAUAAAUCAUCUGAGAAUAAACCUUAUAGUAAUAAAAUAAAAAAUAAAUUCCAGGCAUUUUUUUACAAAAAUAAAUAUUCGAAUAUUAAAAAUGGAAAUAAUAAUGCCCAAAAUGGAAAUGAAGCUUCAGAAAAUAGAGUGAAUGAUAAUUUUAGUGCCAUUUUUAAUCAAGAUAAUAAUAAUUUUUUUUACAAAAAAAAAAAUAGUACAUCUAAUCAAGUAAAUAAUCAUAAUACAAAAAAUAUGGAUAAUAAUAAAAAAAUAGGAAAUAAUGAUACAAAUAAUUUUGAUGGAAAUACAAAUGUUAUGAGUUAUAAUGAACAAAUAUAUCAAUAUGAUAAAAAAAAAGAAACGAAUAGAAGAAAUGAAAUGGAAAAAUAUUGUAUAAAUUUAAAUAAUAAUGAUACUAAACAAAAUAUCGAACACAUAAAUAAUCAAACAGCCAUUCAAGAUAAUAGAGUAAUAGUUUCAAAUACUAGCCACAAAAAUUCAUACAAUAAUAAUGGUAUAAAUCAAAGAAAUGAAAUAAAAAAUAAUAAUUAUGCAGAUUAUUUUAAUUAUAUGAAUGAUUCUACAAGUAACAAAACUGGAGGAAAUCAUAAUGGUGGUGAUGGUUCUAGAACCUAUGAAAAUUAUGUAAAUUAUAAUACAUCUAAAAAUGUUAAUAAAUAUUUUGAUAUAAAUAAUAAUUCUACAUGUAUUAACAUUUCGGGACAAAAAAAAAUUAACUAUUAUAAUUCAAUAAAUGAUUCUGUAGAAGGUUCAAAUCGAAAUAUAGUAAAUCGAUCUACUGUUUUAUAUGCAGAUGUGAAUGAAAAAAUAGUUAGUAUAAAUAAUGUUGAAAAUAAUUCAAAAAUUAACCAUAAAAAUUUGCAAAAUGGUAAUAAAAAAAAUGGAAUAUUACAAAUGCAAAAUGAUACUGUUAUACAAACCAAUGAAAAUAAAUGUCUUAAUAACCAUUUAAAUAAUCGAAGAAAUAAAAAUGACGUUAAUGCAAAUAUGCAUGAAAAUUAUCACUCAAAUGAAAUCGAAUGCAAUGUAGAUAAUAUAAAUAAUGUUGGUGAAGAUAUUCCAAAUUCUCCAAAUGGAAGAAUAAUUAAUAAUAAUCGAAGUAUGAGUUUAUGUAGUAGUAACAAUAGUAUGUAUGAUGUCAAAAAUAUAACUAAUAAUAGUACAUAUAAAACAAACGAUUUGAGUAAAAACAAUUUAUCAAAAGAAGAUGCAAACGAUAGUAAAUUGUUAAAUAGUCAAAAUGGAAAUGCAUAUAAUAUUGCUUAUAUGUUUAUAUAUCAAUAUUAUUAUGUUUUACAUACUAAAAAAGAGAUGAUGUAUAAUUUUUAUUCCGAAAAUGCAGUAUUAUUAUUAAGUUAUAAUAAUAAAAAUAUUGAAGAAGAAGAAGAAGAAGAGGGAGUAAAUUGUAAAGAAAAUAGAAAAGCUGAUAAUAACACAUUUUUUAAGUUAGAUGAUAUAAAUAUUGAAGGAAGCCAAAAAAAUGAAAAUAUGAUAAAAUUAAAAAAUAGACAUAUGAUAUCAGAAUAUUAUAAAUACAUAGAUGUAAAUGAAUGUAUUGUUCAUAUAGAAUCAAUCGAAGUUAUUAAUUUACAUGAUGAAAUAUAUAUGUAUAUUUAUGGUAAAAUUAACAAAAGUAAAACAUCAAAAAUUUAUCAUUUUUUUGUACAAAAUAUUCAUUUGCAUAAAUAUAAUGCUUAUCAAUAUUAUGUAGAUGUUGAUUUUAUACAUUAUUACAAUACAUAUGUAUAUCCAUUUAAUGAUAAAUUCCUUGAAUGGAAUACUGAUUCUCAAUUAGCAACUUAUAAUGAAAAAAAAGGAAAACAGAAUGCAAAUGGAACCUCUUCUCUUCUUCCAUCCAAAGAUGAUUCUAUAAACAAACAAAAUUAUAAUAAAGCAAACAAAGGUGAUUCACUACUAUUUCAAGGAAUUGAAAAAAAUGAACAAGAUAGAGAAUACGGUUCAGGAAACUGUCACGAAAAUUGUCACGAAAACUGUCACGAAAAAUGCCACGAAAAUUGCCACGAAAAUUGUCACGAAAAUUGCCACGAAAAUUGUGAAGAAGAUGCAGAAAAGAAUAAUAAUAGUAGCGCUAGUAGUAAUAACGAUUUUUAUAUGAACAAAUUAAGUAAUGAAAAAAAAAAAAAAAAAAAAAAAAAAAAAAAAAAAAAAAAAAUAACACAAAAUAAUGAAAUUAUUGGAGAUAAUAUAACAUCUAUAGAAGAUGAACAAAGGAAAUUAUUUACUGAAAAUAAUAUUAAUAAAAAUAUUGAAAAAGGAGAAAAAAAAAAUAGUAAUAAUACUUGCCUUGUUACAGUACAACAACAAAAUGGUGAUGAUAUUUUAUUAACGAAUGAAACGAAAUAUGCAAGCAAUCAAUGUAUAGCUAAUACGAAAGAUAAAAAUAAUAUUAAUGGAAAACUGCGAAGUUAUAGUAGCGAAAUAGGGCAAGAACAUGAUACGAAAAUGAACACAAAACAUAUUAACAAUACUAAUUCUAUAGUUGGAAAUAAUAAAUUAGAAAAUAAUAAAAAAUCUCAAAAAAAUGAACAUAAAGUAUGGAAUGUAGAAAAAGGUGGUGAUAAUAAUUUUCCGAAAAUGGAACAUAUUUUAAAAGAGGAAGAAAAAAAAAAAAAUGAAAAAAAAAAAGGAAAAAAUAAUAAAGUUGAUCCAAAUAGUUGGGUAUUCAGAGUUAUGAAAAAUAACCAACCAGAUUCAACAUCUAAUAAUAAUGAAUUAAAUGACAAGUCAGUAAAUAAUAAAGAAAACGAAACUGGAAAAAUGAAAGGAAACAAAAAUAAUAAAGAUAAUAAAGAUAAUAAAAAUAAUAAAGAUAGUAAAGAUAGUAAAGAUAGUAAAGAUAGUAAAAAUAAUAAUAAUGUUGAAUAUAAUAACAAUAUUGUUACUGAUAAUAGCGAAAGUGAUGGAAACAUAUCUGCUAGCGGUGGAGACGAAAAGGAUGCAAAUGAAGAAAUAAAUGUAGUAGAUAAAAAAAUAAUAAUUCAUAAUAUUCACAAAAAUAUGGAUAAAAAAAAAAUAAAUGAUUGUAUUGUAGAUAGAUUAAAAAAUUACAAUGAUGGCCAUGCUGUACAAAUAGAUAUAUAUCAAAGAUCAGCAAAAAAAAUAUUCCCUAAUACAUAUAAUUAUCAAAAUAACUAUGAUAAAUUUUCAGAUUAUUUUUAUGCCAUUGCUGAAUUAGAUUGUAGACAAAGCCAACAAAUUUUACUUGAUGUAGGUUUAUAUUGUAAUGGGAUAAAAUUGAAUAUUGAACAUUUUAAAGAAAAAAAAAAAUCAGAUAUAAAAAAAUUCAAUAAAAAAUUUAACACUUUUAAUAAUAAUAUUAUAGAUUUAAACAAAGGAAAAGAUUACAAAUUUAAAGGCAUGCAUUAUCGAGGAACAAUACCAACUCCUAUAACAAAACCUACUCCUUUUAAAGGAAAACGAGAAAAUAUUUUUGUAAAAUAA